AUGUGGAUUGCGCGACGUAUCAUGCUGACUGGCUGCGGACCGAGGGCGACGACUACGACUGGAGCACGCGCACGCGCGCUGGAGUCGGCGUCCCUCGUGCCUGCGUGGGCAUACCUGCGCGCCCAGCGAGCCAGAGAGUUGAUUCGCCGCGAGCUGAUGGCUGCGCUGGACAAGUAUGACAUCAUCAUUCUCCCAACCGGACCUGUUGCCGCGCCGACAAUAGAGGCUUCGACCGGCAGGCCGGGCGGCUACUACCAGGGCAGGCUCGAUCUUGGACGGCGGCGAUACACUAGUCCUGCUGCACUAGCGGGGCUGCCCGCUCUGUCCAUACCGAGCGGCUUCUCGGAUGCCGGGCUGCCCAUCGGGAUGCAGAUCAUCGGCAGGGCGUUCGAUGAGGCGACACUGUUUCGCGUGGGACAGGCUUAUGAGACGGCGACCGAGUGGCAUACUCAGCAUCCGGCGGUGUGA